GAUUAGUGUCGCGUCGCUGCAGCUGCGCCUGCACUGAGCGUGCGCGGGACGGCGCUGCGCGUUUGACAGCGGCGAGAGAAAGGGGAAAGCUGCGGCGCGCGCCGACAAACAACACGCCAGAACGCACAGCCGUCCCAUGAAACCGGACAGCUCGAGGAUUCAUCACUGGAAUCGCUUCCACGCUAUUCUGAGCUGCUGACGUCUGGUCGGAACCGGAGGAUCCGCUCUUUCAUACAGUCCAAACAGUCUUGCUGGCUAAUCGUGGAUGCCCCUGUGUGUUUGAAUGGUCACAUUGAGUGCGAAUCACAAGGCCCAGUUGCUUUGACCUGGAGGGGAAGGAUUUUCAUGUAACGCACCCUGCCAUGGACAGGAAGAGGAGUUGCACGCUCUGUGGAGGAGCUGUGAUCAUGCUGCUGCUGUUGGGUCACAUGACCAGAGCAUUAGAAGUGCCUCUAGACCCUAAAGUUCUGGAGGGAUUGCCUCAGCCUCCCACAAUAACUCAUCAGUCCCCUAAGGAUUACAUCAUCGACCCUCGGGAGAACAUCAUUAUCCACUGUGAGGCGAAAGGAAAGCCUCAUCCCAGCUUUUCGUGGACACGUAAUGGAACUCAUUUCGAUGUGGAAAAGGAUUCCAAAGUUAUCAUGAAGCCCAACUCCGGCACUCUGGUCAUUGACAUCAGUGGAGAGAAGGCAGAGGCGUACGAGGGAGUUUACCAGUGCAUCGCUCGCAACGAUCACGGCUCUGCCAUGACCAAUAACAUUGUCAUCCGUCAGUCAAGGUCCCCCUUGUGGUCAAAGGAGAAAAUUGAACCAAUCACGGUGCAGAGGGGAAUGUCUUUAGUGCUGCAGUGCAGACCCCCAGCUGGCCUGCCUCCUCCAAUCAUCUUCUGGAUGGAUAACAAUUUUCAGAGACUUCCCCAAAAUAGUCGUGUAUCCCAGGCUUUAAACGGAGACCUGUAUUUCUCCAAUGUGCUCAUGGAAGACACCAGGAAUGACUACAUCUGCUACGCCCGCUUCCCACACACUCAGACUAUCCAACAGAAACAGCCCAUCACCGUCAACGUGCUGGACAUUGAAGCUAUGAAUGACACUGUGUUGGCAGCUUUUUUGAAUGGCUCAGAUUUUUGGGGUGAUAGUCCAUCUGGGGAGAGAGCGCCCACUUUCAUGAACCCACCAGGAACUCACAGCACCACCAUGGUCCUCAAAGGAGACACUCUGCAGCUGGAAUGUAUCGCUGAUGGCCUUCCGACGCCAGAUAUCUCCUGGAGCAAGGUGAACGGGGACCUGCCAAGCAGCCGUUUUUCAUUUCACAGUUUCCAGAAAACUCUGAAGAUAACGGAGGUGACAGAAGCGGAUGGGGGAGAUUACCUCUGUUUAGCCAAGAAUCGCCUGGGGAGCAACCAACACAUCAUCACUGUGGUGGUCAGAGCGGCUCCCUUUUGGAUCAGUGCCCCUCAGAACCUCAUCCUGGCCCCAAAAGAAUCAGGAAUGCUCACCUGCCGGGCAGAAGGCAACCCUAAACCCACGGUCACAUGGUCUGUCAACGGAAUUCCCAUUGAAAACUCACAUAAGGACCCCAGCCGGAAAGUUGAAAAUGGCAAUAUCAUCCUCAGUGAUGUUCAGACGGGCUCAAGCUCUGUUUAUCAAUGCAAUGCCUCCAAUGAGUACGGUUACCUGCUGGCCAAUGCCUUUGUCAGUGUUUUGGCGGAGCCUCCAAGGGUGCUGACUCCUCCAAAUCACGUGUACUCAGUAGUCACUAACAGCAGGGCUCUGUUAGACUGCGCUUCGUUUGGUUCACCACUUCCAAAAAUCACAUGGUUUAAAGUCAAUCAGAGCAUAGUGGACAGCGACUCGUUUAUCAUUCAUAAAAACAAUACUUUAGAGAUCAACGUGGCUCGGCCACUGAACAGCGGCAAAUACACCUGCAUUGCCUCGAACAGUCUUGGAAACAAAGAAAAUCAUGUCUACCUGGAAGUGAAAGAGGCUACACGGAUCAUCAGACAGCCCGAGUAUAAAGUAGUUCAGAGAAACAGCAUGGCUGUGUUUGAGUGUAAGGUCAAACAUGACGAAUCUCUCUUUCCCUCCAUGAUAUGGCUCAAAGACAAUAUGGAGCUUCCCGACGACACACGAUUUGAGGUGGGCUCUGAUAGUCUGACUAUACAUGAUGUGAGAGAGGACGACGAGGGCAACUACACCUGCAUCAGAAACACCACCCUUGACCAAGAUUCAGCCAGCGCCAUGCUCACAGUAGUCGAGGCCACACCAACACCACCUAUAAUAAUGGAGCAACCAGACCCUCCCACAGACCUGGAGCUGACAGACCAAAGAGAGCGCAGUGUUCGGCUUACAUGGACCCCUGGUGAUGAAAACAAUAGUCCUAUUCAGUUGUUCCUGAUCCAAUAUGAAGACUCGCUCCACGAGCCUGGAGUAUGGGUCAAUAUGACUGAGGUUUCAGGAACCAGCACCACAGCACACCUGGAGCUUUCCCCGUAUGUGUAUUACUCCUUCAGGGUCUUGGCUCUCAAUGAAGUGGGUCUGAGUAAACCCAGCGCUUCAUCCAGACAGUACAGAACCAACCCUGCACGGCCUGACAUGAAUCCAGCAAACGUAGAAGUCAUAGGAACGUCACCUGACAGUAUGACAAUAACUUGGAGGGAGCUUAGUGGGCUGGAGUCGAACGGUCCAGGCCUACAGUACAAGGUGAGCUGGAGACACAAAGAUCUGGAUCAGCAAUGGACCUCACUCACGCUGGCCAAUGUCUCGCAAUAUGUGGUGCCAGGGACGCCCACUUUUGCACCCUAUGAAGUCACCGUGCAGGCGGUCAAUGACUACGGCUCUGGUCCCAGACCAGAAGUGGUGCUGGGCUACUCAGGAGAAGACUUACCAACUGUGGCCCCAGAGAACGUAAGAGUUUCGGCUCAGAAUGGGACAAUGGCUGAAGUGCUCUGGGACGCUGUUCCUCUUUCAACAGUUCGAGGGAGACUGAAUGGAUAUAAGGUGAGUUAUUGGAAGAUGAGAAGCCUGCACAAGGAAGACCUUGAUCCCGUGAAACCACAGGAGCUCAUCUUUCACGGGAGUGAGCCGGAGGGUCUUCUCAUCGACCUUCAUCCCUACAGCCAGUACACCCUCAACAUCAGAACCUUCAACGGCAAAGGAGACGGACCCGCCAGCUCCAAUCACAUAUUUGAAACACCAGAGGGAGUUCCUGGGCCUCCUGCAGAUAUAAAAAUCCAAAAUCUGAACCUGGACUCAUUGGUUGUGAACUGGGUGCCGCCUGUAGAAUAUAACGGUCACUUGACAGGAUACUUGCUCAAAUACCAGCCUAUCAAUACAACUGAUGAACUCGGGCCGCUCAAAGAGCUGCUUCUACCAGCCAACGAGACCAGCGUCACUCUGGAAAACCUCAAGCACAGCACUCACUACAAGUUCUAUUUGAACGCCAUGACCAUCAAGGGCUCUGGCCCCACUGUCACAAAAGAGGGCUUCACAAUGGUGGACGAAGCAUUAAUUCGGCAUCCCGCAGUAGAGGCGGGUAAAGGCUCAGCCCCCCCUUCACCACCACCAACCCCCCCUGUCACUCAAUCUUUGCAGCCCCCGUUUCACAAGGCGCCUCCUGCUGGUCGGAUGUUUGGGAGCGUGAACUCCUCUGUGGAGGAGGACCGGGCUGUGAUAAGCUGGGAAUACUUUGGGCCGGAUAGGAAUGUUUAUGUGGAAUAUGUUGUUGAUAACAGUAAAGAACCCUGGAAAACAGAGUUUGUAAAUGGCACUCGGACAUAUCAGAUUAAAGGACUAAAGCCGGGGGUGUCCUAUAGGGUUCGGGUGGUAGCCAAAGACCACUCGGACACUACGGUCCACAGUACAGAGGAGAUGUUGAUUACAGUUCCAGCCAUGACCAGCAAGCAGGUUGACAUAGCCACGCAGGGCUGGUUUAUCGGGCUGAUGUGUGCCAUUGCUUUGCUGAUCCUGGUGCUCCUCAUCGUUUGCUUUAUAAAGAGGAACAAAGGAGGCAAAUAUCCAGUAAAAGAAAAAGAAGAUGCCCAUCAAGACCCUGAAAUCCAGCCCAUGAAAGAAGAUGAUGGGACAUUCGGGGAGUACAGUGACACGGAGGAUCACAAGCCCUUGAAAGGCAGCCGGACCCCGUCCAAUGGGACGGUCAAGAAGGACGACAGUGACGACAGUCUGGUGGAUUACGGCGAGGGAGGAGACGGCCAGUUCAACGAGGACGGCUCGUUCAUCGGCCAGUACAGCGGGAAGAAGGAAAAAGACACGGCGGAGGGCAACGAGAGUUCGGAGGCUCCCUCUCCGGUCAACGCCAUGAACUCCUUUGUGUAACUGCCCCGGAAGCGCCUCGUGACCUUUGACCCAUCCAGCACCCCACCUCCUCGUCACACCAUCGUAUGGAGAACAGUCUCUAUUGCACUGUGACCCCCUAACAUCACAGCAAACUAAAUAAAACAAACGCCCCCCUAACGAAAGACCGCGAGAAGAGGGCCAGUCCAAGCUUCACCGCCAUUGGCCGGAAUGAAAGUCACAUGACAUUAAGUAUAUUAUCUCACAGCAAGCGUACAUAUAUAUUGAUAUAUGUGUAUAGGAGUAUAUAAAUUGACAUAUAUUUUAUUAACAUGGCCCGGUUUGCGGCAGAUGGCACUGUAUCGCACCAUCUCGUCCCUUGGACUCGCAUGGAAUCAGUAAUUGACGUCACAUCCUCAGCAAAUCAGCAUUAAGGUGCGGUCACAUUCGGCAAACUCUCGCUUUCACGUUAUGGUAGGAAUCGGUGCGAUUUUGCAUAAGUAAACAGGUCCAAGUGUUCACGGAUUCAAAGUGACUUCUGUGUGAACAGUGCCUCAUUCAUCGCUACCAUUACCUUUUUUUUUUUGUUGUUUUCGCUGACGCGCCGAUGUGACCGCACCUUUAGCCAGCGUCGUGGAGACCGUGAAACUCGUCUGACUUUAUGAUACUCACUUUUGCUUCACAGCUAACGCCCGUUGCGUUCCGUCGUCAGUGUUCAAAUCGGUAUAAUGCACAUUUCAGGCACCAAUGUUCUUCGUGGGCAUUGUCGUGGAGUACGUGAUACGUGUAAAAGCUGUUCUUAGGCGUCAGAGGUUUUGAAUAUACAGAUAAAAAAAAAUCCACAGAAUUUUAAAAACUGGUUAUCAGGGAUGUGAGGUAGCAUGUUUUUCACACACACAAGCACUCUACACAGCUUUUAUCCUUCUCUUGUUGUUCAUUUUGCGCCCUGUGUUUCUCCUAUUUAUUUGACGACUGCAUUUUUCAAUGUUUUUCCCUGAAGAAAAGUCAUCGAUAGACUAGUUAAGGCUCACUUCAUCCAGGACUGUUAUUGUGAAGGAAACCCCCCCCCAGUCAGCCAUGUAGCCACUCGUGAGCCCACUUUGGGCGCCAGAAUUCACUCUGCUCUUGGUUGUACAGUACGGGAUGCAUCGAAGGCCCCUCAGCACGGUUCCUUAGUGCCUUGGUAGAAAACAUUACUCUGUACUCAAAAAGAAAGAUUCCCUUUCAUCGCUUUGAGCGCAGCCCUCUUUUAUAUCAGUACUGCAAGCGGUAACGAAGUCCUGGGCUGAGCGAAGACCGCAAGACUCAAGGAAAUGAUGUCACCUACACAGCCGCCACAGAAGUCACCUCAAAUUGGGGUGAGGGGCAUCUCAUUCCCCUUAUCAACAGCUAAAAAUACUGCCACUUCUCUGUAAAGAGCGAACUGCUGUUGAUCGGUCUGAUUCGACACCGCUCACAACGGCAAUGCGAACGAUCAAACUGUGGUAUUUGCAGUGGUACGCGAUACCAGUGGGCAGAAAUAUACACAUUCUCACAUAUAACCGUUUUUUAAGUCACGUUACUGCAUGUUACGAAGUAUUACGAGCUGUCGGGUGUGGUGAAAUCAGGGCUUCACUAAACACACAGUCGACGGUGGUGCUGUCGUCGAAUACGGCUCGAGCGCGUGCGGUUUAUGCAGGCGUGCAUGAAUAUGUGCGUGCGUUCAGAAUGGAUGUGCGCGAACGCGUGUUUGUGUCUGUAUAUACGGGGCGAGCCUUUUUCGUUCGUUCGUUUGUUUGUUUUUGGCAAGGCCCUAGAUUUUCAUGAUUUAGCUUGUCAUAACUUGCAUCAAGUUUUUUAGUUCGGAAUUGUCUGCUUUUUAAUGUAUAGAUCUGGCGUUUGCUUUGUAAAUAUAUCUAGCCGAAAUUUUGACGUUAAAGGCGGAAAAAGCUGCUGAGAUGGCCCUUGAGCGUGUCCCAGAGUGCUCUAAGGAACUGUCCCGGCAAUCCGUGUACUGUAAGUCACUUCAGAUGAAAAAAAGUGACGACAGCCCUAUUUUCUGAGCCCAACCGAUGACUGAGCAGGCGUAAGGUUGCGCUGCAGAAAACCGCACAGUGUUCCACCUGAAUUCACACACACAUCAGCUCUCACUCUUUUAAAGGCACUGUUGUUUUCUUUUCUAUUUGGCCAGGUGGUUUGGCUUUUUUUCUUUUUUUUUUUCUCCAGGAAAAAUAAAGAAAACGGACGCAUCCCCAGAGAAGGAGGCCGGAUCGCACUGCUGUGGGUGCAGAAGCUUUUUGAUGUGUUUUUGUCAGAGGGGGCAAAGACGAAUGAAACGUAGUGUGUGAAAUAAUAUUCUGGUUAAUGUUAAAGCUACAUGAAAAUAAAGCAUGAAAGGCUGUGAAAUGGUUUACUCUAUAAUAUAAUCGCAAAAAAAUAUUUUGUAUAUAAAAGGAUUAAAAUAAAUGUUGGUUUCCGGAUUUCACUACCA